GACAUAGAUUCAUCGAUUCGACCGUUGUAAAACAAACCGUUACUCAUUGUUGUCUUUCUUUCACAUCAAAACGCUUGCCAAACUCUGAAACCAAAAGCAAAAAAGGUUUGUGGUCCAAGUUAGAGAGAGAGAGAGAGUGAGUUCAGAUCCAAUCUUUGGUUGGGUGAAUGAAAGUGUAAGUGAUUGAAUUGAAAAUUCUAAUUUGAGACCCACCUCUUGUGUUUGGUUUUGUUUUCUCAAGAUGGUUGCAAGAACCCCACCAAAACUGAGGAAAACUUUAGCUGCUCUCAAUCCUGUUCUCAUUAGAGAAACACUAAACAAGGUGGAUCAAUGCAUGGCUCGGCUGCAAGAAUUACAGUACACUGUAACUGGUGGAAACAAGGUGGUUUCAGGGGCCAAUCUCAGCCCUCGUAGCACCAGAGGUUAUCUCAGAACUAGUCUCAGGUGCAAGCAAGAAUCACUAAGGAUCAAGAAUAGUUCCACAAGGAAAUCUCCUGUGGGAAAGUUUCCCUCAACACCAAACACAGGUGAAUGGAGAAGAAUGUCACUGCCUGCAAUGCUUGUAGGAGAAACCAUUGGAGAAAUUUUACAUGCUAGUCAAUUUGCAAAAGAACUUGUUUCAGCAGUUAAUUGCCAAACUCCUUCCAAAGAGGAUCCAAAAACUCCAAUUCCUCAAAGGCCAAGCAAGAAAACAGACCUUGAGAACACUCAACUUAGGACUAGAAGGAAGAAAGAGAAGCAAACAAAACUACACAAUGAUGGUUCUCCCUCACUUCAAAAAGCUCGUUCAAGAAUCACUUUUAAGGUUUCUCCACCAAAAGUUAGAGAUUUUGAUAGAGAAAAUAACAAGUAUUUGUCUUUGGCUAAUAGGGUAUCUCCAAGGAAUAGACCAUGGGCUAAAAAAGCAGUUCUUUUUCCCAACCCUUUGUUCAUGUCAACUCAUGCUUCUUCUUCAUCAUCACAGCCACAGCCACAGCAGCAGCAACAGUUUUGCAAAACAAGGUCUCCUAUCAUUUCAAGCAAUAGAGGAACAACAACAACAACAACACACAAGUUUUUGGUCAAAUCUCCACCUUCAAAUUCCAAAGUCAAGAUCAAAAGCACAACUAGAACUAGUAAUGUGUCUAUUUCACCACACAAGUUUUUGAUUAAAUCUCCAGGUUCAAAUUCCAAAGUGAAGCUCAAAAGCACAAAUGUGUCUAUUUCACCAACUAGACUUGCAAGUUUGAGCAAGAAUUCUCCAAAGAGAUCGACCGCGUCUAAAUUCCGUCGAUCUUUCUCUCCUUCGAGAUUAGCUACAAGAUUAGUUUCUCCAUUAAGGAGCAAGAAAACUGCACAGAAGAGUGAUGGGAUUGUAAGUGGACUGAAACAACGCCCAGCAUCAACAGUUCAAUUCCCUGCUAGAAGAAUUUAAGAACAUAGACCUUGAUUGUAUUUCCUCACUAUGGUUUCUAAAAAUGUCCAUAAUAAUUGUAUUCUUGUGUGUGUGUGUUUUUUUUUUUUGUUGAGGAUUCCUAUGUCCAUAGAUAUUUUUUCUUCAUUCAUUCAAGUGAAUUCACAAAUUCUGUGUCUA